GAUGGUACUCCUGUCUAGCGGUGAACAGACACGAGCGUCAUAGUGUUGGAUUUACGAGGAUUGGCUGCGAAUCUUCUGUUGCUGUAACCAUGCAAUGACAUUCACCCUACAGCCGUUUAACGUAUCAAGAUGGUGGCUGUUAUGCGAUUUCCUAGCAUAUUGACGGCGCUGUGUUUAUUGCACCUAAUUUAUCGAUCUGUGGAUGGCCAGUGUUCUGGUUCGGUGAAUAUUAUAGUAGGCGAAACACCACAAACUGUAUCCUCUGCGAACUUCCCUAACAAUUACCCCACUAAUGACAGGGAGUGUGAAUGGCGACUCACAACAGAAGCCAACUAUACUGAUAUAUUGAUGGUCCACAACGUAAAGCAGCUCAGUGCGGGGGACAAGGUCGAAAUUUUCCCAGGCUGCGAUACCUCCUCCCCGGACAAGCUGAUUAAUGACUCGUCAGAUAAAGACGUAUUGACAGAUAGCAAUUUUACCAGUCCGACAUGUAUUAACUUUACCGUGAAGGCUAUGUCAACUAGUACAGGAUUCCAAGAGACUUUCAUAGCAUUUCCAAGAACAGUCGCCGCUUCGGUCUGUCAAACGAGCACCAAAAAUGCAGUGACUGCCACCACCACGCCACUGUACCUGUACAACCCUGAAUUCCCCGCUAAGUAUUCCCCGGACCAGGAUUGCAUUUGGGAAAUAAAAAAUGGCGGCACUGGAAAAGAUAUAAUACUGACAUUUGAAAUCAUGUCCCUGGAGGAUUGUGUGGACUACGUAAACGUAACAGCGGGCGGUGAGAUAAACCCCACUAUGUACUGUUUGACAGACGUGUUUAUCCGUCCGUUUUCAAUAAGAAACUCAAGCUUUAUAGUGACAUUUCACUCUGACAAAGUAGAUGGCUAUCGGGGGUUUGUUGUGAGCUAUGUACUGGAGGAACCGUGUAAAGGGGUCCUCACCGCGUUAACGGGACAGCCACACCUACGUUACCUGUCGUCAAUUGGCUAUCCAAGUAAUUACCAAAGCGCUGUCAAAAGCGGUGCUUACAGUUGUACCUGGCAGAUUGAUCCGAAUACAGCGGAAGGGUUGCUUCUCCUUUUGACAGUCGACAAACUCACUGAUGGCGAUACCCUGUUUAUAUAUGAAGGAACCAGUGACAAAACAGGGACAUUGCUUUUCCCGGGUCAAGGAGAUAACUAUACCGAUCCCUGUUAUUUCUGCAACAAACGUACAACAUUUGUGUCAGUGUCAUCUGUUUACAUAGAAUUCAACGUGUCAUCGUCGGGAAAUGCUGGCUUCAACAUGGGAUAUUUGUCACAGGCCUCAUCUGGUGCCUGUAGUGCCAAUGCAGAAUCAUCUCCUCUUCCCCUGAUGGCAGACGAUACCCUUCAGUAUUUCUCGAGUCCUUUCUUCAACAGUUCAAAUCCGGGUUCCGACUGUUACUGGAACAUAAGCGAUGGAAAUACGGGAAGAGGGGUCAUUUUGACAGUCGAGUUUGCUUACUUUGGGGCCGACUGUUCAGACUUCCUUCAGAUUACAGGUCACGAUUCCUCAGCAAGCCCCGUGUGCUCCGGAACUUUUGACUUUUCACCAUUAGUUUUCAAAAAGAGCUAUUUUCACAUCAAAUAUAAUUCUAGCCAAUACACAAACGGAAAAGGGUUUUCUAUCAGUUAUAUCCUGGAUGCACCGUGUAAAGGACCAGUGACUAUGUUGAAAGCAGUUUUACCUAUAACCACUAUCACGUCGCCUGGAUAUCCUUCUGCUUAUCCUGGUAUUGGACGAAGCGGUGGAUAUGUUUGCAAGUGGCAUAUUGAAGCUAAAACCAACACAACAGGAAUUCUUAUUAGAUACAACUUCAAUGCACUUGCACGUGGUGAUACAAUCGCUUUGUACGAAGGUAAAACUCUAUACUGAUCCUUUUUAUAAUUAAUGGUUUUCACAGAUAUGUCAUUGGAAAUAUAUUUAAUAUAACUUAGAUAUACAUACAUGUAUAAUUUGAUUCUACAUUUAACUGUCUUUAAGAAAUUUAUGUCUUUAUUACCUACGAAAUAUCACAAUCAGAUUGUAGAAUGUUAACGUGUACAGUGCCUGUAUAUAUAGAGUUCAGUGUCAGCUAAAUCCUCAGUCACAUUUGCGCCGAUUACCGAAAUCGGCCGCUAAGCCCGGGAACCGUAAGGACGCCAGGAGAUUAUCGGGCCCUAUCGGCCGAUUUUUAGACGCCGCAUGGGUCGCCGGAAGCGUUUAGCGCGGAGAUAAAAGUUGCAGAUUUUGUUUGACCUUAACUCAUCAGAACCUACCCGGCAAUCUUUCUUAAAUGUCCCGCAUGGAUUUCGUAAGAUUAUCUUACUGCUCCAGGUGGUAUCGUACGGUCAUCUUGGGCUUUUGUACAAUUUCCCAUGCUCCCAGGUGUCCUGUAGACCUCCCGAUGUCCGGACGGGUGCCGUACGGUAAUCGUAAGGUUGGCGCCCGAUGUCCUCAAACUGUGCGGUGUCCGUGGGUUAUUCGGCCGAGCCCCUCCCGACGGGCAUCGGCCGAUGCAGACGAUAUUUUCUCACGGACGAGCUAGGUAUAAAAUCAGGCGGCUCAGAAUUGUUUCAGAAUCUGGGAAUCCUGGAAACGUUUAGGUGUUUACAUGUGUGCUUCCCUAUGUAAACACGCCAUAUAAAAUGCGAGAUAUCACACGGGCUACCUAUCUCGCCCGUCACACCGAACAUCUUCCGGCUACCGUACGAUAGCAUGGCCAUUGUCAAAUGGCCUUGCGGUAUCCUUGAUAGUCUUACGGGCUCCCUACGGUAUCAUUCAGAUGUCAAUUCGAUUUAAUCUGCAAUUGUUUGCGGGGCCGUGCGGUGCCUGUAUCAUACUCAUGCCAAGUCUCAGACAUCAGAGGGAUCACGUGUAACAUGUUCGUGUGUGCUCGAUCUGUAAUUCUAACACAAUUCGUUUGCAACGCGUGUUUUGAUUGGAUACGGACCAUGUUGUAAUCUGCGAUAGAAUCAUUGUCAAUUGUG